UUUUUUCUUAUUACUUGGGCAAUUUGAUUUUUGUGAAAUCCAUAGUAGAAGUCUUUAUCAAACCUACCAUUAAGGUUGUCCACGGGUUGGUCUGGGUCGGGUUUGUGCCCAACCCGAAACCGACCCGAUCACUUCAGGUUUUCCAUGCUUAGACCCGCCGUCGACCGGUGAACGGAGUUGGUUCGGGUGGUCGAAUUUUCGUUGGGUUCAGAUCGGUCCUCGAUCGGUUUCGAGUUGUGCGAAAAUCUGCUGGAUUUUGCCAAAAGUCACCGGAUCUCGACGGAUCUUGAAGAGAUCAGGCCGAUCUCGACGAGAUCUGGCCGAAUCUCGAUGAGAUCUUGGCAUAUCUUGAAGAGAUCAAGCCGAAUCGCAACAGAUCGAGCAGUAAAUGGGCGAUUUUCCUUCGAGUUCAGGCCGGAUCUCAACAGAUCAGACAGAAAAUGUGUGAUUUUCUGGUCAAAUACUGUCGGGUCAGUUAAAUAUUGGUUUCUCAGCCUCAAACCCGCCAACCGACCCGCCGUUUUCGAGUUCAAGGAGUAGAGACCCGCCGCCGAUCCGUCACCGGCGUCGAGUCGGCCGGUUCUUGGGCCUGAUCAGACAUUUGGGGCAAGUGGGUCGGGUUCCGGAUCUGGCUGGACAGCCCUACCUACCAUCCAAACUAUUACAAAACCAUCAUUCGUUCCUAAGGUACUCUGAAUCUCUGAUUCCCACCCAUAAUGGUAAUGUGUGGUGAGUGGUUCUCAAGGAUCUACGGCAAAGUCGGGAAAUGGUAUCACGAUUAUAUCUUCUUCUCAAAGGCUGUGCCAUUCAUCUUUGGAUUGAUUGUGAGCCGUAGCAUGAUCAACUUGGCAGUGGUGGAGAUGUUAAUUGAUUGCCUCGGUUUCAUCGGGAAGAAGAAGAAUUCCAUCAAUUUGCAAACAGCUGCAACAAUCGUAAAUCUUCAGAACGGCAUAUCAACCGUGUCAGCAGUUAUUGUUGCGUAUAUUGCAGAUUCCUAUUUAAAAUGUUUCACAACGAUUGUCAUCUGCGCUUUGUCCUACACUAUGGGAUUGAUGCUGUUAUGGCAUUCAGUCAAUUCUCGAAGUAUCCGUAUCCAAUAUGGACCUAUUUAUGUUGCAGCGUUGGCUGUAGCACUAGGUAAAUAUGGCCUAGAUUCAAUCCUAAGAGAAUUUCUUUCUAAACAGUUGAUUGAGGGAGAAAAUGAAAAUUCCAACGAAAGUGAAGCCCACAUAGAGGGUCAUACAAAUGUUUGGUGGUGUAUUGCUUCGAUUUCUGGAUCUGCCAUUGCUGUCUUUUACCUUUCAAAUGUAAAAUGGGAUAGAACCCUCUUAGCUUCCGGCGUGGUGAUGGGAGCAUCUCUUUUAUUGUUCUUCUGUGGCUUCAAAUUUUACUGUCCCAAAAGACACAAAAGGAACUCCCAUGUUAUUUUCAAAGUCUUCAAGGCAGCUAUAUCCAAACGUUAUCUCCCCUACCCUGGUACACCAACUCAAUUAUCUUGGAAAUCUGAACCAAAUCUAAAGUUGUACGAAGAGAAAAAUAGUCAAAUACUAUUGUUGCCAAAAGUUUUUUGGUUCAGGUGGUUAGACAAAGCUGCUGUGACUGUAGAAAAAACCUCAAGCAGUCCGCAGGAAGAGGAGAAUCUUUGCUCAGUUGAACAAGUGACCCAAGUAAAGUGCUUUUUGACAUUGAUACCUUUGUGGACAACCUUUUUAGCCUAUAGUUUGGUCCAGGCUACCGGAAAUACUUUCUUUAUUGAACAAAGUAGCAACUUGAAAAAUACGUUUACUAAAAAAAAUGUCAGGGUUCCUCUAGCUGCUUUCUUCAAACUCAAUUCCUUUCUACGCUUCAUAAUCCCGCAUCUGUUUUGGUCAGAGAAAGCAAGAAAUCCCAAAGUCACACUGGUGAGAAUUGGUGUUGGGAUGAUUUGUUCUAUAUUGUGUUGCAUUGCAGCUUGGCAGGUGGAGGUCCACAGAUUGAAAGAAAUUAAGAGACUUUAUCCUAACAAGCCAUCUGAGACUGACACCAUCUCCAUGAGUAUCCUCUGGUUACUUCCACAAUUUAUUUUGCUGGGACUAACGGAGGGACUUGUUGAAGAAGGGCUCCAAGAAUUUUUCAUUAAGCAUGUCACUGAAUCGAUGUGGAAUUCUGGGCCAUUGUUGACUGGAUGUAUAUUAAGUUUCGGAAAUUUCUUCAGCAUACCUUGUGUUCAACUAGUAAGAAGCUGGUUCAAGGCCACCAUAAACGACAGUCAUCUGGAUAGGUAUUUUCUGACUUUAGCAAUACUAAGCUCUGUGUUCCUUUGCUUUUAUGUGUACGCUUCAAUAUCUAACUCCAAGUAUGCCGACAUAAGAGAUUUAUCAAAGGAAGCAGAAUUAGCCCCUAAUGUUUCAAUGGAAGGAGGAGAGAUGAAAGAUGAAAUGUUGUUGGCUUCUUCCUCUGCUCGAAACACACCUUUAAAUGAGGACUUGGACGAUUAUUCUGUCCAACCUUCUCCUCUCCUUUCCUCUCAUCCCCAUCCAUCUCACUCUAUUUUAAACAUACCCCAAGGAGAUGGUGUUGAAGACUAUACCGAACCCCUGCCGACUAGGAACCACUUAUGGACAAAGGUGUCCAUAGUCAUGGCCUCCACUCGCCACCUCUACUCUCGCUUAGCAAAUGUUGAAAUGGUUGGUAUGCAAUCUUCCCCGGAUGUACACUAUGCUGAAUCUAUGGAGACUCUCCCCUUGCAGUCCCACGCAUCCACUGAAGCUGAGGAGGUAAUCUAUGAUGAUGAGCCUAGGAACUAAGUUCCACGGUUUAAAAAUUAAGCAAGAACAUUUUUAAAAUGUUUGUACAUUGUAAUUGAAUUUAAUAAAUAGGUUGGGAAUCUUAUCUAUUAGUACUCCAUUUUUUUGGUUA